AUGAUUGAGCCUGUUCCGAAUCUGACGCAGCUGCACGUCGAGCUUAUGAACUUCCCAUUUGCUAAUCAGCGUUUGCGCAAGCUGGCCAAUCCGGACGACGAAGGCGACGAGGAUCUAAGAGACUACGCCGGGAUGGUGGAGCCACUGUUGUCUAUGCGCUACCUCCGAGGUCGCACCAUCACCUGCGAAGGCGUCGAGCCGGUGUUCGCCAAGGAACUCAGCCGCCUCGCUGCUUCGUGUGAGCCCGUCGUCAACCUGGACAGAAAGUGUCAAUCUCUUAGGCAACUCCUCAGAUUCAUACCAACCGACCUGUAUAACGAUGAAGGGGUGCUGGCCAGGAUGGCCUCUGAAAUGACCCAUCUGAUCGAUUUCUGCGAGAUAGGGCGCGACGUUGGUCAGACAAAAGAUUUUCUCGAGACUCGAAAGCGAGUCAUAGAGAUGGCCGGCGCCAUGAACCGUCUACGCUACCAGAUGGUCUACUGGAAUGACCCCGGUGAAGGCAAGGAUAUCGUGGACCAGUACGACAGCUACUUCACAUACGAGCCCGACUAUGCGCAGUUGUUCCCCUCCAUCCGCGCUGGAGAAAUCCGGCCAGUGCUAACACCAUCAGAAGAGUUGGUUCGUGACAGUAUCCAAGAUCUAGACUAA